GGCUCAUUGUUGGAGUGAUACUGAGGUAUGGUACCCCUGCUACCAGCGGUCGUGACAAAUCACUCAGCUGUACUCAGGAAGACAGAGCCUUUAGCACUUUAUUAGUGAAUGUCAGUGGGAAGUUCUUUGAAUAUACUCUGAAAGGAGAAAUCAGCCCUGGCAAGAUCAACAACGUGGAGCAGAAUGACAUGUUGCGGAAGGUAACAUUUGAUCCAGAGGUAUUUUUCAACAUUCUGCUGCCUCCAAUUAUUUUCCAUGCUGGAUACAGUUUAAAGAAGAGACACUUUUUCAGAAAUCUUGGGUCGAUUCUGGCCUAUGCUUUCUUGGGGACUGCUGUUUCUUGCUUCAUUAUUGGAAAUCUUAUGUAUGGAGUGGUGAAACUCAUGAAGAUUGUAGGCCAGCUCUCUGAUAAAUUUUACUACACAGAUUGUCUCUUUUUUGGAGCAAUUAUUUCUGCCACUGACCCAGUGACUGUGCUGGCAAUCUUUAAUGAACUACAUGCAGAUGUGGAUCUUUAUGCUCUUCUGUUUGGAGAGAGUGUCCUGAAUGAUGCAGUUGCCAUUGUACUAUCUUCGUCUAUUGUUGCCUAUCAACCAGCAGGACUAAACACUCACGCAUUUGAUGCUGCCGCCUUUUUUAAGUCAGUUGGCAUUUUCCUAGGUAUAUUUAGUGGCUCUUUUACCAUGGGAGCUGUAACUGGUGUUGUUACUGCUCUAGUGACCAAGUUUACUAAGCUGCACUGCUUCCCCCUGCUGGAGACAGCCCUUUUUUUCCUGAUGUCCUGGAGCACCUUUCUCCUGGCUGAAGCCUGUGGGUUUACAGGUGUUGUAGCUGUCCUUUUCUGUGGGAUUACACAAGCUCAUUACACAUAUAACAACCUGUCAGUAGAAUCUCGAAGUCGAAGUAAGCAGCUUUUUGAGGUGUUACACUUCCUGGCAGAGAACUUCAUCUUCUCCUACAUGGGCCUGGCGCUGUUCACCUUCCAGAAGCAUGUUUUCAGCCCCAUUUUCAUCAUUGGUGCUUUUGUUGCCAUCUUCCUGGGAAGAGCUGCACAUAUCUACCCACUCUCCUUCUUCCUCAACUUGGGCAGAAGGCAUAAGAUUGGCUGGAAUUUUCAACACAUGAUGAUGUUUUCAGGCUUGAGAGGAGCUAUGGCAUUUGCACUGGCCAUCCGUGACACAGCAUCCUAUGCCCGCCAGAUGAUGUUCACAACCACACUGCUCAUUGUUUUCUUCACUGUGUGGGUCAUUGGUGGAGGCACAACACCCAUGUUGUCAUGGCUCAAUAUAAGAGUUGGUGUGGAGGAGCUCUCUGAAGAGGACCCGAAUGAGCACCGAUGGCAGUACUUCAGAGUUGGUGUUGACCCAGAUCAAGACCCGCCACCUAACAAUGACAACUUUCAAGUCUUGCAAGGGGAUGGCCUGGAUUCUGUUGGAGGAAGCCGGACAAAGCAGGAAAGUGCAUGGAUAUUCAGGCUGUGGUACAGCUUUGAUCAUAAUUAUUUGAAGCCCAUUCUCACCCACAGUGGUCCCCCACUAACCACCACUCUUCCUGCCUGGUGUGGCUUGCUAGCUCGAUGUCUGACCAGUCCUCAGGUAUAUGAUAAUCAAGAGCCACUGAGAGAAGAAGACUCUGAUUUCAUCCUGACGGAAGGUGACCUCACCUUGACCUAUGGAGAUAGCACCGUGACAGCAAAUGGCUCCUCAAGCUCCUACACAGCCUCCACAAGUCUUGAGUGUGGUCGGAGAACAAAAAGCAGCUCUGAGGAAGUGCUUGAGCGAGACCUGGGAAUGGGAGACCAGAAGGUUUCCAGCCGGGGAACCCCCCUUGUGUUUCCACUGCAGGAAAAUGCAUGACUUAUCUGUAAAUCCGAGGGAUCAGGGAGGCUCUCAGAAGGGUGAUGAUGGCCAAAUGCCCCAGUGUGUUUGAUGUGUUGCAUUGACCAUGUUAAAACUAAUGCUUCUAUUUCAAUGGGGCCUGAAACUAUCUUACCACUCAAAACUUAACCCAAGACUCAGAUGGUAAAGCUGAAAUGUCUCUAAAUUAAAGACAAAUGCAGACCUAUUCCCACUUUUUCACAUAGUAGUACACUAUUUCAGAGUUAAACAAAACAACAGCAUGCUUUAAUGGCAUCUCACUUCAUCCUCCUGUAGUAUCUGAGCAUGGUGGGCCAGGUAAGGGGCUUCAUCGCUAUGCUAUAGUGCCAGUCUAGCUGGCUCAAGAAACAUCAAGUCGGGAGAACAAGUUAGACAAAUGACAGUGAAGAAAAGAAACUGAGAUCAGAAUUCCAAUGGUGCCAGAUGCUGGCGUUGCACCAGAUGGUGGAGCCUCUGGCUCUGAAGACUUAACACAGCUACAUCCUCCUGUCACAGUCUUGCCUGUUCUACUUGUGUUGCUCCUAGACUGAGGAUUAGGAAGUGUGUCCAUAGGCUGGGGCCUUAGCUCAGUUGGAGAGUAAGCUCACCCGACCCUGGGUUCCAUCCCCAGUACUGCAAAACGUGUAUGUGUGUGCACAGGGGUUUUCCAAGAGCAUUUCAAUAUGGGAGGUGGGGUAAGUCUAGUUCCUUCUCUGGGAAUUUCUAUAAAAGAGUUACUGAAAUGUUUAGAACCAAAGCAAAAUCAUGUUCUGUUCUGUUUUAAUUAAACUGAGAGGUACUGGGAAACUGCUGAUGAUACCACAGCAGUACUCACUUGUCAAAGCUACCAUGUGAGCCCACUGCCUAGAAGGUAACUGAUAGGGACUGAGGCGUGUUCACCACAGGGUUUAAGAUAGCAUGGAUAUUGCUGUUAUCUGGGGGAAGAAAAGGCAUCAAGAAACAGAAGUGGCCAUAGACUAUAGUUUGAGAAAAAAGAUUUUAACAUGAAAAGAGUAACUUGCAAAGAAAAGAUGGAAGUCAUUAUUUUAUUUUACAUACAUUUUGCUUUAAAACAUUCAAAAGUAAUUCUAAAAUCACACUACGUAAAAUAUAAAACUUGCUUUGUUAUAAAUUAUAAAAAAAAAUGUGUGUUCAAGUAAAUGCUGAGUUUUCAAUGCCAACUAUCUUUAGGACAAAAACUUCAAUACUUAAAAUAAUUACUUUCCCACUGGUACUAUUUUCAACACCUAGAAGAUGAAAAUUAUUCUGGUGCUUUGUUUCAACCUGAAUUUUUGUUACUGAAAAUACAUAUCCAAAGCCUUUUAAAUGAGUUAGUAUUUCUGCUCUUUCAGGAUAGACAGUAAAGUCCAAAAACAAAACAAGUAAGCAACAAACAAAAAACCCCAAAUCUGACUUUUUAAAACUAUUAGGUAACUGGUAUUUUGACCACACCUUCUUUUGUGAAAUUUGAUAACUCCAGGAAUCAAAGAUGAGUUAUCUCCUUGUGUAUGAGUUGGUGUUGGUCAAGGAACAUCCACUGUAGCAACCUUCCUGUGGGCCAGGUCUUGUUGCCAUGUUCCACUUCUGAGUUUUGAACCUUUUUUCCCAGCCUGACUUUGUUUACUCUCUUCAGGAAUUAUGUUUGAUAUAUUCAGCUAUGUUCCGAUAGAUAGGAUCAUGUCUGCCUAAAGUCUGAAGUAGAAGAUGAAGCAGGACCAGGUUUAGUCAGAUUCAUCCUGCAGACUGGAGAACUUCUGGACACACUUUGCUGUAAACAAUGAACUGCCCUAAGAUUUUUCAAAUCAGAGUUUCUCCAGAAAGCGCUACAAAGCUUCAUAUCAUCUGAUGUCUAGUAGUCAAAGACAGAACUAUUUUUAAAAUAUUGCUUUAACCAACUGGCUUUUUCUUCAAUCCUAGAUGAAAUCCUGCUUCUGUAAAGCUUCUUUGUGUAAAAGUUCUUUUCAUGGUGGUGAAGUAGUUAGUAGCAGCAUCACAAGCAGCAGUGAGCAGCUGCUGGAAAUGCUGCUCUUUUGAUAAUUUCUUUCCAUUGCUGAAUCUCUAACUCUAGCUUCCUGAGUUUCUUGAAUGCUCAUAGUCUUUUCAUGAAAAUACAGCUUCAUCAUUCAGAUCUUCUUAGCAUACAUUGUGUGACUUGGUUAUCAAGUUUUCUAUAUGACUUCAAUAUUCUCCACCAUUUCCCUUGUGUACUUUAAAGAUGCUCUCUCAAGAUUUUAUGGGAAAGGCCCCACAAAGUCUGUUCAUCUCCCUAGUGUGGUCUACUGUCACAUAAUUUCCUCUAUCAAUCAUCUGCUGUUUCUCUGUGUUUCCUUUUGAGGGGAAGAAAUUCAGCAUUCUCCAUUAGAAUUGGUUGCUGAUGAUAUUCAUAAUCAUUCAGAUGAAUAGUUUUUUCUUUGUACCUCACUUCUGUUUUUCCCAUUCUCUGGGAGCCUAUGUUUACAUCCGUUCUCCUCAAAGAAUUCGUAAUGGCUGUGGUUAAUUUUUAUUCUUCUCAUUCAUAAUAAGUUGAUGAGGACAGGCCUUUAUAUAGUCAUGCUCUUGUUCUUUAUAUAGUUGUACUGAGUCACUAACAUGACUUAGUAAAUUCUGUACAUCAUCUUUCUCCCAUUUCAGUAGAUUCUUGUUCCUUCAUCAUAAACCCCCUUCCCCUGAAGUCUAGUACUUCUCUCCUGGAGGAUUCUAGUUGCUCCCUGAGUUGCUUAGCAGGUCUGCAGAUGACCCACAGCACCUCCUAGCUUCAGAUUCUGUGUGUUUUUACAUUUUCCCAAGUUACAAGGUUUCUCCUGUGAGGGACAAGUUGCUCACCCAGAGAGUCUAAGACAGAAACUAUACUUUAUUCUUUCUUUGUUCUUUCACUCUUGGAUUCUCCAUGUAAUUAAUGAAAACUAAAAGUAGUAGUCAACUCUUGAUCAAGAUAUGCAUGGAACAAUAAUCGCUUCUGUGUAUACUAAAUAAGAAAGGCAUUUGCCAUUGAGAAUAAGCGUGCUUGAGACAUCUUUAUUUCCUAGGUAUACUAAAAGAUAUAUUUGCUUUCUGCCAUCAGACCUGGAACUACUCAUCCACUCUCCAUCAUUGGGGUAUCUGAUGAGCCCAUUAUAGCAAUGAAACUCUUAUAACAGCUGCUGUGAUGCAAACAUCAAGGCCCCAGAGCUGAAGAGUCAGUACCAAGCAGCGCAGGCACCAAAGGAAACAGUACACACUGGAGCUGCUUGCUCCUCUAGCAUUGUGGACUUCUAUUCUGCCUGAUAACGCCAGCUGUGCUCCAUAGAAGUCUUAAGACCUAUGUAGAACUUCAGACAUUGAACUGAUGCAUACAUCCAAUAUUAGUUGCUACAUGAGGAAAAGGGAUCAAGUAAUAGAACAUAACCUGGUAGAAAGUUCUGUCUUCUAAAAGUUUAGAAAUUCGUGUGUCUUAAUGCUGAGUGCCAUGCAAAAAGAGGUCAUUUUCUUGUUAGAGAGGCUACUGCACCAGCUUAAUAUGGACAUAGUUUGAAAUGUAUGUAAAUUUUAGUUUAAAUUUCUUUCUGGAUGAGCUAUCAUACAUUACCUACUCUUAAAGUAGGUAAAGUAUUGAGAGAAAUCUUGGAAAGAGUUUCUUCCCAUGUCUUACAGUGCUAGCAAUUUUGGUUACCUAGUUUCUAAAAGAUGCUUUUAUAACAUGGUGUGGUUAUCCUUGUUGCAUACAGAAAAGAAUAGUGCCCCACAAACACUAGGACAUCACUAGUGAUAUUGCCUAUUUAACCCUCUUAGCAGCCUAGUCUUAGCAUAAUCCUGUUGUGUUUCUCUUAAAGGGUCUUAUAACCUUCAUUACAUUGACAUUGUAAAAUAUGAAAACAUUGAUAUUUGCCAAGACAAAAAGAAAACUAGGAUUUUGCUUAUUUGAGUCUUUGUUCAGUGAAUGAAAGUGAAUUAUUUUGAAACAUGGUCCUGAUCCUUGCUUACAAAAUGUGGAGACUCACCCUGACUUCCCAGGAGUCCUGCAAAGGUGAAGCUACUUGUAGAAGAGGUUCUAUACUGAAGUGUUGUCUCUAUAUUGCAUGAAGAAAAGUAGGAUACCACAAAGCCCAGAAACUGCCUACUUUGAAGCCAGCUGUCUGGAACCAGACUAGAGUUGCUGAGUAAUGGUCAGGUUUGUCUGAGAAAGUCAUCCAAGUCAUCCUUCACACCUGUUCAUUCUGAGUUGAGGGAGAUGAUAGCUAAUGGAAUGCAGAAGGGUUGAGAGCCUUUUGGAUAAAGAAGCUUAGUUGAAUGAAUGACCAACUAAGUGAUUGUUUAUUUUGUAAUUGUUAGUCCAAAAAAAAACCUAAACUGAUUUCUAAUGCAGACUAGGCCACUGUAGAACUUUUGUGCUCAUUUUUGAGAAUUCAAGGUUGGCUUUCAUAUGAAAAUAGACUUGAAGGAGAGAGUAGGGUGAUUCGUGUAUUCACAUAGAGAACUUUCAAACUUGUCAUCUUCAUUCCAACUUGAGGGUAGGAAAGGGAGGAUUUGUCUUGACUAAUCAAGCUUCUGAGUAGUCAGACACAAAGGAUGCUGGGAAGCUGUCAUUUCAGUUCAAUAUGGAAUUAAAUUAGUAGUCCAUUUUUGUGGUCAAACUUUGUCUUAUUAGUCCCCAUGUCUUAUUCCACAGAAUAAGAAUAGCCUCAUUUACUGCUAGCAGCAUGGGCAAGGGUGUCAUUGUCAUCACAUACUGGCAGUGGUAUAGCUUUGACAGAGAGAACAUAAAAACCCAUUCAUUUCUUUUCAUAGUCCUUCUGUGGGAACUACUUGGAAAUCCUAAGCUUUCCUAGAGAAGGAAAUCCCACACUUAAAGAAGGUUAUGUGUUUCUUUCUAGCAACACCAUAGACUAGGCAUAUCAACUCCAAUCAUCCAGGGUACUUCUUAGGGUGACCAUGAUGCCUUGGAGCCAAACAAAUCACACUAUGAUAUCAAGUGUCUCAUCAAGCAAACAGCAAGUUGGAUCCCUGGGUUGGAUCCCCUAGACCUCUAAAUGCCUUGUGGUCCCAUAGACAAAUCUCUUUUGAGAAAAAAAAAAAAAACAUUGUCUCAGCUGUAAGUGAGCAAGUCCAUCCAGGGCAAAGAUCUGCCUCAUAUUUGCUCUAGCAUAGCCUCUCUUUUGGCUUGUCCCCAGUGGAAGUGGAUGUAAUCAUGUCAUUUAUUUAAUGUGAACCACUAGUUCCCAGCUACAGAGACACCACUGAGAUCAGAAGACAAUUGUGCAACUUACCAGAGGUACAGACCAUCCUCCUGUAACCUGCCUUAUUCUUAGUAUGAAUUCUAAGAGAAUAAAAGCAGUCAAGAGCUGACAGCACUAUCUAUCUAAAAUGUCAUCUUCAGGAAGAGCUGCUAGGGUGGCACUUUGCUGAGGUGAUACUUAUAGUGGGGCACAUGGGUUUGACAGUCUCACACCUACCUUUUGAUGAUGACUCAAUUAAAGUGGGGCAGGCCAUCUCCUGUGUGUUGAAUGAGAACUCUUUUGUUGUUUCUAAGUGAGACUCUAGUAGCCAAGAGUUUACUUUAGAAACAACACAUCUGAAUGCUGCCUUUAUCUCUUUGAUACCUAAAAUUAUCCCCCCUUAAAACCUAAUUUGAACAAUCCAUAGACGAGUAUCAUAGAAAUUAGUGUGCUUAUGUCAAACCAUAAAACCAUUCUUUGACAAUACUUUUAAAACAGGACCUAAAAACAAAGUUUUUCCCACUACCAGUUUUCAUAGACAUUUAUUAAAUUAGAAGAUACAUCUUAUCACCAAUUGCUGACAAAUUGUGAAGAGAAAAAUCAAUUUUUUAAAUGUUCAUUUUAUUCUCCUAAGCAGGGUAUGCUAUAACUAUGGCCCAUUUGGAACAUAUAGGCAGCCAUAUUUUGUCCACCCAAGCAUUGGGGAGCAUUACAAAGAGGGUCUGUUUGCUGUGCUGCUUUUAGAGAAGGCCUGAAGUAGAGAUGAGAGUACACAGCACAGGACAUCAUCUUCUCACAUCACCAUUAGAAGGAAACAAGAGAAUAUUUAAAUAUCCCAGUCUACCUUCAACUCUUGGUCAGUGGAAAUUUGUCUGGACCUGUGUAUGCUGACAAAACAAAACAAAACAAAAAAACAAAACCCUGAAACUGAAAAGGAAACAGAGACUUGCAUGACGCACUGAAGGUUUGUGGUUGAAAGCACUUUCAGAAACCAACUGUCCUGGUAUUCAUGGAUAACUACCUGCAUGGGUAUCUGGUCUCUGACUGAUGAUUCUAGUUGUAGGCCUUGGAGGAACAGAGGAUGCUUUUCUGUUUUGUGGGUAGUCAAUCUGUGGAUGUAUACGUUAAAUAAAAGCACUCAUUUAAAGUGUAAUUUCA